AGAAAAAUAAAAAUAUGUUUGAGUUCAACAAGAAAUUAGUAAUAUUUUCCUAUUGGAAUGGAUUUGGAAGUUGGAGCAAGAAAGAAAGGUGUUCAGAAUCAAUUUUGAAGCAAGAGAUGAAUUUUGGAGCCGAGUGUCGACAGGCGACCAGGCAGGCGGCCGCCUACCAGGCCGCCUGCCAAACAUCAUCAGCAAACGGCGAAAGUGGCUCCGGCGGCGAACUCAAGCGCAGGCGUAAAAAGGAACUUGAUUAUUCUUCUCCUCGUGGUUCUUUCCUUGAGAUGACACCAGAAGAAAAUGAGGCAUUGAUCAAUAAAGUGACUUCAAAUUCUCGUUAUUGGUAUGAUGAUCGUGCCCCAGUUUCUUCUUCCCAAGGAAGGAUUGAGGUUGAUGAAGCAACUGCGCUUCGAGCACAGAUUGAAGCAUUGACCGUUAAAAUUAAAAACCUAGAGAAGAAUCAAGUUCCACCACUUAGGGAGAUAGCAAACCAAGAACAUGCUUCUUGCAAUCUUGUAAAUGCUAUUGAUGCUUUAGAUGACUUCUGGUUUGGUACCUCUCCUGUUGAAGAUGGCCCACGAGAUGAAGGUAUUAUAAGCAUGGCCAAUUCAGCAGAAGAGAAAUAUGUUGAGUUGAUGGAGUUGUGUGAUAAAGCUUUACAGGAAGAAGAGAAUGCAGAGCAAGUUUUGGGUGUUCAGGCUGAAGAAGAAGAGAAUGAACCUGAGCCUACUCUUGAACUAAAACCCUUACUCUCCCACUUGGAGUAUGCAUUCUUAGAUGAAGAAGAGAAGUGCCCAGUAAUUAUUGCAUCCGACCUAACCGAGGAGCAGAAGGGUAAGCUAAUAGAUUUGCUUAAGCUUUAUGGGCAUGUUAUCGCCAGAAAGCUUGAGGACUUUAAGGGAAUUAGUCCCACCUUCUGCACCCAUAAGAUUUUUAUUGAAGAAGGGAAGAGACCAAUGGCGCAACAACCACGAAGGUUAAAUCCCAAUCUUAGGAAGAUGGCUGAAGAGGAUUAUGAGGAGGAGGCUCUCAAUGUCACGCUGCCAGCUGCAUUCGAGAUGCACUUGCCAUCAGGAGAGCCCCGUAAGCGUUUUCGCACAUGGGGAAGGAAGAGAACUCUUCUAGGGCCACUCUCUCUUGAUCAGGUGACCCUAGAGGAGUGGAACCACUGGGAGGAGAUUGAUGGCCUACUUGCAGACUCUCGUUGGCGCUACUUGCUCACCUUUGCAGAGCAGUCUAGUUUGGAGCUGACGAUUGAGUUUCUUUGCACCUACCAGUGUCUGCAUGGUGGCCGGCCUAUUAAGGAUGCAGCUGAUGUCAGACCCGAUUCCACCUUGAAGUUCUCACUUAGUGGUCGAGCCUUCACCCUUUCCAUGGCCGAGCUCAAGCGUCAUUUGGGGAUAUACACUGAGGAGGAGGCACGCUCCCUUGUCUUUGCUGCUCUUCCGUAUUCCUUACCUUCAGAGUUCAGCCUUGAGCAGUUCUGGCGACAGCAUUCCCUGUCGACGACACUGUUCAACAAGAACACAGCACAUACUUGUCAGUGGAGGAGCAGCGCCUGGAGGAUACUCAUUUUUGUGCUUUCACAUGGUCUCUUCGGUCGUCCGACUAACUCAAAUCGGAUUGGCAUGAAGGACAUAUACUUCUUUUGGAGUGUGGCAGAAAGGGUUCAGGUGAACCUGGCUAUCUUCAUGGCUCAGUUCUUCCUACUUCAGGGGAAGAGCCAGAGGAAGACUCUUCAGGCAAGACCCUUUGUUACUCACCUUGCACGUUCCCUUCUACCCCAGAUGCUAGAUAAUUUGCUUCCCAUUGACCAGAGCAUUCGCCCUCUGAGCACCACUACUCUCACGAAGAUGGGGAUCGCGAAGAGGCGUCGAGUAGAGGAGAGUGAUGAGCCACCCCUGGAUUUCUUUGAUGGGCUUGAUACCACCGUCCAUUCUCCCAUUCCAGACGCCACCACGGACACUUUCAUGGCUGGGGGGUCUUCUUUUGUUCAGCCUGGGACGUACACAGCCUCAUCAAGUGGUGCUGAGCCAACCAUGUUCCAGAAGAUCCUAGAGGAGAUGAUGAAGAUGAACACGAGGAUGGGUGCUAUCGAGACCAGCAUACAAGAUGUGAAGGACAUCAUGGAGACUGACCAUAGUGCCCAUGAGAAGCAAAUGAAGAGGAUGAAUGAACGCCUAGAGUAUAACACUGAGAAGCUCCAAGAGCUUGAGAUGAUGCUCGGUAAGAAGUCUGCGCCUCCAGCUCCUUCAUCUAGAGCCAGCCAGCAGUAGCGAAGAUAUUUUAAUUUCUGUUGAUCUUAAACUAUUUUGACUUGGCCUGUUUAUAGUUUAAGCUUGCACUUUAUUGCUUAUUU